GAAUUGGCAUGCGAAGAACACGGGAAAGAUAAAAUUGAGAAAAUGAUUAAAGCUAAUGAAAAUGGAAGGUCUCUAACAUACUUCAUUGAUGAGCUUCCCCAUAUGGAAUUGAAAGAUGAUGGUUUCAAAAACGAAUCUGAUGACGGAUUAUUAGCAACAUCCCAAUUCAAUCAGUUGAGAGUACUGUUGAGAAGGGGAUACAUCAAAGCCAAAAGAGAUCAGACUUUGACAUAUUUACGGGUUUUAGUGAAUUUUCUUGUGAGUGCAAUGUUGGGAGUUCUGUAUUGGAAGUCAGGUUCUGAUGGCAGCCGAAUUCUGGAUAACUAUAAUUUGCUGUUUGCCAUCCUGAUGCAUCACAUGUUUUCUUCAAUGAUGCUGACAAUUCUGACCGUACCUCAGGAAAUGUCGAUUUUAAUCAAGGAACACUUCAACAGAUGGUAUUCACUGAAAAUGUACUAUACUGCCAUAACUCUAGUGGAUAUACCAUUAUCAAUUGUUUGUUCCUUAGUUUUUUCAAUAACAAUAUACUGCAUAACGGCACAACCUUAUGAAAUGAUAAGAUUCAUGAUGUUCUUCGUUUCAUCACUAAUGGUUGUCUUCGUCGCUCAAAGUUUUGGUUUGAUGAUUGGAAUAUAUUUCAACGUUGUGAACGGAACAUUCAUGGGCCCAGCGAUAUCAGUACCUAUAAUGAUGUUUGCCGGUUUCGGCGUCCGAUUGUGUGAUCUUUCUCCAUAUUUCUACUGGUGUAGUUACUUUUCCUAUCUUCGUUUCGCUUUGGAGGGCAUGGUAGAAGCGGUCUACGGAUUGAACAGAACUACUUUAGAAUGCCCGGAAGAUGAGUUUUGUCGAUAUAAGUAUCCCAAAGAGUUUUUAGAAGCAAUUGGUGUGCGCGCAGAUCAAUUCGGCAAUGAUGUUAUAGCUUUAUUAAUAUUCUUGUUCGUGUUCAGGAUCAGCUCCUUUGUGAUUCUCAGGUAUAAAUUGAUGGCUAUACGGUAGAAUUGUAGAUAGAAGGAAAGCUUGGAAAAUGUUGAGCUGGGUCAACAGCGGGUUUUCCGGGUAGAGAGUUAGUAUAGAUAAAAGCAAGCAAACUGGAGAUAUUAAAUAUCAGAAUUACCCAAACGGAGACGUCCAUAACUCAAGACCUAUCAGGAUUACCCCCAUAUGUGUCAUGCGAUUUAUUGUAGUUUUUGAAAUGGAAAUUUCCGAAGUUUCUAUGAGAAUUUUUGGAAGGAUCGACUUCAAUAUAUCACAAAUUUUUUUGAGAGAAGUUUUUUUCGAUAAUUUUUUGAUUACAUGGUCCUUAUGAUUUGUUCUUUCUUGCAUGAAAUAAGUAGUUCCCUGAUAUCAGAAUAAGGUACGAUAUCGAUGAAUCUACAUUCAAACAAGGCAGAAUUAAAUUCUCAACUUCGAAUUCGAUGAAACUGAUGAAAGUCAUUAUUUGAAAUCUGUGUUCAGAGGUAAGACAGUAGAAAUUUUCAAAGAUACUUAUUUAUAAUGGCUUAUUUUGCUUUUUCUAUCACUAAUUUACAUAGAAAAUACGUUACAUGAUUGAAAAGCAUGAAAAUAUAACCAAAAAUACUUGACCAAUACUAUCCAAAAUUUUUUCAGUAUUAAAAUUGCUCUCAGAUAAGUUAUUUAAAAAACAUCAUUUAAAAUGUUAUACAAGCCGGUUAAGACUUUGAGAACUCUCGGUGUCUUUGAAGAGGUGGAUCGUGUUUUUAAAAUAUCUCAAAAAUAUGAUAAUUCUUUCUUAGAUCCUCAGUAACUGAAAAAUGAUGGCAUCCAAAAGAGUAAUAUAAUGAAGAUUGAGAAUGAGCGUAAAAAUUGUAAGGCUAUCAAUAUCAAACUGAAUUUGUAAUCAUUGUUGAAUUUUUUCACCGACACCGAAGUAAAAUUUUGAGUUCAGUAACUAUUUCGUUAUUUACACUAUUUGUUAUAUUAUCUUAGUCAGACUUUCUAAAAAUGAAAGACUACCUCUGAAUAUUUUCACUUCGGUACCUUUGCCUAACAGCAAAUAACAGUUAUUAGCGUUACCUUUUCCGCAGUGUUUUUGAAAUUGCCUAGAAGCUAAUCAAUAUUCUAAUAUUCUGAAUCGAACGAUGUUCGAUUCAGAAAUGACAAUUUUACUCUUCUUGUUCGAACAAGUGUUUUUUAAUAUGUACUUACUUCAUUGUGAAUUCAGUAAUGAUUAUGUUAUGGUAGAACUAUGAAUUCAUGAAGAUUAUGUUAUAAAAAAAAGUCUUCUUGAAAAACUUAAAAAAAUAUGUAAACAGGUCUGACCGAAAAUUCUCAUAGAAACAUUGAAAAAUUCCAAAACGCGCUCAACAUACAUGAGUGUAAUCUGAUAGGUCCUGAGAUGCCCCAUCUAAGAAAAAAUGGGAUGUCCCCAUUUGGGCCACCCUGUGGGUUAUAUAAUAUAUCAUACUUCAGUGCCAAUUAAACUUUAUUUGAUUUUUUGAUGGCUGUGUAAAGAUUGAAGAUGGCAUAAUUCAAACACUUUCAAUUGGACAGUAAGAAACUUUUCAUAAAUUUUAUUUAAUAUUGCAAUAAUUUAUAAUGUCAUAUUUGAAAGAAGUGUAUUGAAAUGUGUCACUGCUCUAUGCUCUUGGUAUCAGUUAUAGGUAAUUAUGAAAAAUCAUUCUCUCACAAUUUUCAUUGAGGAAAAGUAAUGUUUUUCAAAAAGCUUUCUUGAAACAUUUUUUUUGUACAAUCCAAAAGUUAUUACGAAUGAGAAUUGUGGAACACUGAUGUUACAGUAGAUGGAAAAUUCAACUCUUCGAUUCAUCCAUUUUUACUGAAUGACAUAGAUGAGUUUAUUUUCAAUUGAAUUCGCUUCAUUUUUGACACUAAUCACUGAAAUAUAACACGUUUGGUUUAUAAAUCAAAUUUGUAUUACACUGAGAAAAGAACGAUUCAUGAACAAAUUCAAUAUAUUCAAGUGAUCAGUGUUGAAAAGAAGCAGCUAACGUGAUUGUAAGAAUUCAGCCACGUUGGUGUCUACAUCUCUAUUUCAAAUAUAUCGUCCUAUAUAGUUUCAAUAGUUACCUUACAAUAUGUUUAUACCCAGUUCAUUUGUAUUUUCUUUCAAUAGGCCAAACAAUAUUUUUAUUACUGAA